UGAAACGUGCAACUUUUAACCAUACGAGGGACAGUCCAAAUUAAUUUUUGAAAAUAGAGUCCUAAUUAAUUUUUGAAAAUAGGGACCGAACGAGGGAAGAUUCGUUUAAUUUACUCUUUAUUUUUUUUACGUUCCAACGGUCAAAAUGUGACGGUUUGCCACAAAUCAAUGCCAUUGGUCGUAAGAACACGUAACUGGCCUCAAUUCAUACAACUAUGAGACGGUGUUCACGCAUAAAGACUCCCGCCGCAUAACCCUUUACGCGUAAAAAUCUUCCCCAAACCCUUAGGCUUUACACUAUAAAAACCCAACAUCUUUCUGAAAAUUUAUCAAGCUAGAACAUGUGCUUGUACUUAUUCUAACAGCUGAAAUCAUGGCUGUACCUUUUUAUCAUCUUCUUGUUCUUACAAUAUCAAUACUAUCCCACAUACCAAUAUCAUCAUCGUCAUCAUCUUCUUCUUCUUUCUUAACUAAAGGAUCAUCUCUAUGUGUUGACAACGACGAUGAUAUUUUAGUUUCACCCAACGGAAUUUUCACCGCCGGUUUCCAUCAAGUCGGAGAGAAUGCUUAUGGCUUUGCUGUCUGGUUCUCAGAGCAACCCACAUCCCGGAGUCGUACAGUGGUCUGGAUGGCUAAUCGAGAUGCACCCGUAAACGGAAAACACUCGACGCUGUUCAUAUCGGAAGAUGGGAAUCUUGCUUUGACAGAUGCUGGUGAUAAUAGAAACGUCAUUUGGUCAACACAGACGAAGUCAACAUCUUCUUUACUGCAACUGCAACUCCAUAACACAGGUAACCUAGUGCUCAAUGGAGGAGAAGAAAACCCUCUUUGGCAAAGCUUUGAUCAUCCCACAGAUACCCUUCUUCCAAAUCAACUCUUCACUAAGAAAAUCCAACUUGUUUCUUCAAGAAGUUUCACUAAUUACUCUUCAGGGUUCUAUAAGCUCUUUUUUGAUAACGAUAGCAUUCUUCGACUUCUUUAUGAUGGCGUAAAAACAACUACAGUUUUCUGGCCUCAUCCGAGUUUAGGAACUUUGGAAGCUGGGAGAUUGCCGUAUGUGGAUAUUCAAAGAGCAAGCCUCGACUCGGAUGGUGAAUUCAACUCAUCUGAUGGUUUUCGUUUCAGAUCUGCUGAUUUUGGAUUGAGAGCGCAAAGAUUUAUGAAGAUCGACACAGAUGGCAACUUAAGAGUUUACAGUUUCGAUGAAAGAAGAUUGAAAUGGGAAGUUCAAUGGCAAGCUUUUUCUAACCCUUGCCAGAUUCAUGGUUCUUGUGGUCCAAACAGUCUUUGUUCUUAUUCUCCAGAUUUAGGAAGGAGAUGCGCUUGUUUACAUGGAUACAAGAUGGCGGAUUCUCAAGAUUGGAGUUAUGGGUGUGAUUCUGAAUUCCAGCCAUGCACGCAAAAUGGGUGUGAUGAUUUCAUUGAGCUUCGUCAUGUAGAAUUCUAUGGCUAUGAUCUUCGAUUGAUCAUCAACUGCACUCUUGAUGCUUGCAAGAAGGAUUGCUUAAAGGAUUACAAUUGCAGGGGGUUCCAAUUCGGAUGGACGAAAGGCAUCCCCUAUUGCUACAUAAAAGCUUCUUUGCAUAACGGGUAUCAAAUGGGAGGAAUCAAGGCUUUGAUGUAUAUCAAACUACCAAAGAGAUUAGUAUCAUCUUUUACUCAGAAAACCAUCAUCCAAUCAAGCUUUAUUUGUCCAGACGCUGUGCUCUCCCCCAUAAUGAGGACUUACAAGACAAAACAUGAUAUGACUCCGAAGUCGCUUGAAUUCAUGCUAUUAUUCGGAUGCAUGUUAGGGUUCAUUGAGAUCGUUUGUGUAGUGAUAUUCUGGUAUUGUAGCAGUAAACACUCAUCUACAACCACAACUGAGCAAACUUAUUUUCUGGCUGCUAUAGAGUUUCGAAGAUUCACAUACAGCGAGUUGAAGAAGGCAUCACGCAAUUUCAGUGAAGAGAUUGGGAGAGGUGGUGCUUCCAUCGUGUAUAAAGGCAGGUUAGCAGACAACAGGAUCGCAGCAAUUAAAAGGCUCACGAACACUAAUCGCCAAGGAGAAGCUGAGUUUCAAGCUGAAAUAAGCACGAUUGGGAGACUGAAUCACAUGAACUUGAUACAGACAUGGGGUUAUUGUGCUGAAGGAAAGCAUAGGCUUGUUGUAUAUGAGUAUAUGGAGAAAGGAUCAUUGGCUGAAAAUUUAAGCUCUGGUCAUAAACUUGAUUGGGCGACAAGGUUUGAUAUAGCAAAAGGUAUUGCAAAAGGGUUAGCUUAUUUACAUGAAGAAUGCUUGGAGUGGGUUCUACAUUGCGAUGUGAAACCCCAUAACAUAUUGUUGGAUGCGAAUUACAACCCUAAAGUUGCAGAUUUUGGUCUUUCCACAUUGUUGGAAAGAAGAAGUGGUAUCAACCAAUGGAACUUCUCCAUGAUACGAGGGACUCGAGGUUAUAUGGCUCCUGAAUGGGUUUUAAACCUUCCGAUUACCUCAAAAGUUGAUGUGUUUAGCUAUGGGGUGGUGAUAUUGGAGAUGAUAACAGGAAGAAGUCCAGCAAGCAUGAAUGAAAAUGACGAGAUUAAGCGUGCCCUAAUUGAUAGGGUGAGAGAUAGGAUUGAUGGGUUUGAUGAGAUUGUGGAUCCUUGGAUAAGGGACCAAUACGACGACACUGUGAUGGAGAAUCUGGUUAGAAUUGCAUUACAGUGUGUUGAAGAAGACAGAGAGGCAAGACCCUCAAUGAGACAAGUAGUUGAUAUGCUUCUCUAUGCCUGACUUUCAAGUGUAGAUUAAUAAAAGGGAUUUUGGUUUCUUUGAAAAUUAUCUAUGUUGGAUCCGGAUAAUUACAAAUUAAAACAAUAUCAUUUUUCACAAGGUUUUCAAGGUCGUUUUGCUCGGCAUCUUACUUAAGAUCGUUUUGCUUUUUGUAAGAUCAUUAUCGUAAAAUUGCAUCGGGAUCGAAAGAUCCUAUCAAAAUAAACUUAUAUUUAAAUUUGCUCUCA